AUGCGCCGAACACAAACUGUUGAGACUCUGGGUUUUCCCGUUCUGACGGGCGGCGCGGAGCUGGGUGCGAGGCUCUGGCGGUACCGAGCGCUGCCGCCGUGCCCGUCACGUUCCGGGCCCCGGAGCGGAUCGCUCCCGCUCGGCCCGGGGACCGAGGGGCACCAAGGCUGGAACAGGCGGGGACCGAGCGGGGAUCGAGGGGGGGAACGAGACGGGACCGAAGGAGGGAGCGAGGCCCGGCCGGCUCCGCCGCCCCCGGGCCGGCCCCGCCCCGCCUGUCGGGUGCCGCGGUUGCCCGAAUAUAAAAUCUUUAGCACCAGUGCAUCCUUCGAGUCUGCCAUGAACUGGGCUCUGGAUUUUCAGAUCUGUUGUGUUACUUUGCAUCCCAUGCAGUCAUCUGGUGAAAGGCCUCAGGCGUGGCUGCUUCCUUCUCAGUUCCCGAAGGAGGAGUUUCUCAAUGUGAAGAAGGUGGCCAGCACUGGGGCGAGUUUUCUGCCCAGAAUUGGCCCAUUUCAACACUUGUUGCCAGUUCCCCCGAUAGAGAGCUUGCUCCAAGUUUCCCCACCAGAGAUGGUAUUUCAGAAAUUCAUCGCUCAUGAGGUCUCGGAAAUGGUACUGUCUCUCACAAACAAGGACAAGUCUCCUCGGCUGGUGAAGGUCUACAUGGAGAGAUCACCUUAUUUUGAGCUCGUGUGCCCCAGUGAUGUACGCCACAUCAUCCUACCAGGCACUUCUUCCCAUGUGCGCAUCCGCUUCACCCCCGACGAGACCGAGAAUUACUCCCAUGAGCUCGUCUGCCUCACUGCAAGGGACAGGAUAGUUGUGCCUAUUCAGGCCAUUGCUGCCCAAGCUAUCCUCCUGGACUUCCCUGACCAGCUGGACUUCUCACGGUGCCCAGUCAAGUACAGCAGCCAGAAGACUCUGCUGGUUCGCAAUGUUGGUAACGUGGAAGCUCAUUACCAGCUGAGCACCCAGAGUCCUUUCUGCGUGGUUCCAGACAGGGGAACUCUGGCCGCUGGUGACACCAUGCAGGUGACAGUGGGAUUUCACCCGCUGACGGUCGGUGACCAUUCCGGGUCCCUGGUAGUGUGCUGCAACACAGGUGAGUGUAUCCGCACAAACCUUCACGGAGAAGCUGUAGAUGUCAACGUUCGGUUGAGCACCAAUUCCGUGAAGGUUGAGAACACUUUCAUCACCACAUCAAACUACACAACCGUGUUCAUCAAAAACAGGAGUAACAUCACAGCCCACUUCCAGUGGAAGACUUUUCCUACUGAGGAAGAUGAGAAUAAACUGAAGAGAAGGCAGUGCUAUUUUCUGCAGCCACUGAAAGAGGUGUCGCUGGAAAAAUUCAUUGAGGAGGAAAAUAUAGAGCAGGAGAAGGGCUAUUGUGAAGAUAACACUGCCCUUGUGAGCCACACAGUCCAGGAGGAGAUGGCAAAGGUGAAAGAAGACCCCAUGCUGUUUUCCGAUGACAUUUUUUCCAUUGAGCCCGUGGAGGGAGAAAUUGGGCCGAACUGUUGCGCCAAAAUCAAGGUGACCUUUAAACCUCUAGAAGCACUGGAGUAUCGAAGUGUGGCUUACUGCAACAUCUCAGGCCGAGAGAGCAGGCUGCCCCUGCGCCUCAUCGGGGAAGGCCAAGGACCCUUCGUUGAACUCCGCUCUCAUACACUGAACCUUGGGAACAUUUUUGUCAACACCCCCUACGUCUAUGAGGUGAAACUGAUUAACCAAGCACCUAUUGAUGCUCCCUUCACCUAUAUCUGUACAACUGCAAACGUGGGCUACUGCUUCAAGUUUGCACCUGAGGAGGGCAUCAUUGCACCAGGUGGGAUCCAGACCAUCCAGAUCUCCUUCAAUGCCACCGUACUGGGGAGGUUUGAGGAAGAAUUCCAGUUCAGUGUGGCUGGAUCUCCUACGCCUGCAAUCCUGAUUAUCAAGGGACAUGUCUGUGAACUGACUGUAUACUUCAACGUCGAUGAGCUCAACUUCGGUGACGUUUCCUUUGGCUUUCCCUACACCAUGACCUGUCGCCUCACUAAUGCCUUCCCAGUGUCCCAGAGGUUUAAGCUCCGCAUGUCUGACGAUGGCACUCAGCCUGCUGUGACCCUGUGUUCCAACACCGUGAUGGAUUUCUGCCGGAGAAUGCUGGUGGACCUGGAGGGUAUUGGCAAUGGAGUGGCAUCAGUGACCAUCAUGGCCAGAUGUCUCGUUCCUGAGCUGCGAGUGUACCCUCACGUCCUGCUGUACGACGAGUGCCGCCUCAAGGUGCCCUACGAGAGGAAGUUCCUCGUUGUGAAUAACACCGACCUUCCUGGCUGCUACGGGCUUAUUCCCCAGAAACGCAGGGAGGACACUCCUGUGUUCUACUCCAGCCCCAAACCCUGUGGGAUUGUCCAGCCUCACAGCAUUGCAGAGAUUCCAGUUACAAUCGAAGUCCAAACAUUGGGCAAGCAUCGCACCAGUGUUCUUAUCAGCGUGUUUGGGGAUGAGAGAAACCCACGGAGACAAGAAUUACAGAGCACUGGACAGCUGGCAGACAUCUACCCGAGUCCAAGGCUGAUAGAAUUUGGCAUGAUCCCAGCACUACAGCCUAAUUCACAAACUUUUACCCUCUUCAACAAACGUCUUGUCCCUACAGACUUCAGGGCAGAGAUAGCCUGCAAAGCCCACUGCUAUGUCAUCGAACCCAAAGAAGGAGUGAUCCCUGCUACGGGUGAGGUUCCUGUGACCAUCACAGCAACCUUGGAUGACACUGGGAUUUUUGCUGACACUAUUCAGCUUUUCACUGGGAACAGCCUUUGGACCACCUUCAUGGUGCUGGCUGUGGGCACCGGCACCACAAUUGUCAUGGACAAACCAUUCGUCCCAGAGCUCAGCUUGGGACACCAGUUCAGGCUCGUUCCCUGUAUUUGUCAGUUCAAAGUAACAAACAGGGGCCACCAUUUCCAUCGGCUCUUCUGGAGUGUGGAAUGUCACAGCCCCCCUAAGAAGAAGGGCCAGAGCAUCCCAGCCCUCAGCAGCCCCCUGGCCGAAGAUGAUUGCCAGAGCCCCAAAGGCACCAGCCCCGUGUUUGGGCUGGAGCCACUGUCGAUGGAGCUGCAGCCGGGCGAGUCUGUGGACAUGGUGCUGCGAGGCUUCUCCCCCAUCGAGCAGCUACAAAAACCCAGGGCUGAUCCCAAAGUAGGGGCGGAUGGAAAUGUUGCUCUUUUGAGGACAGAGAAGAUAAUAGAAACAACCAUUACCUGCAAGUUUAUUGAUCCCUCCAUAGAAAUAUCAGCCAGACAAUUCUCUUUCUGGGUGGAGAAGAAACCCAGUGAUGAUGUCCUGACUCUGCAGUACAAGCCUUUGGCUUUAAAGAACACCUGCUUGCUGCCACUCGACCUUAUGCUGGACUUGGAGCAGCCGUUUCUGCUCUGCGAUGCGGACCAGCAGCCCCUCCCGGAUGGCCAGCCUGUGACAGUGGAUGUAGGACAGACCUGUCAUCUCUACAUUGCAUUUGACCCAUCUUAUAAACUGGAUUUUCAUAGCUGGAAGGAAGAGAAGGUUCUGAAGAUAAACAUGGUCAAUGGCCAUCCUUAUGUGGAGUGUAUCACCCUUCAAGGAGAAGUCCACUUCCCCAAUCUCCAAAUCCAGCGCAGCAUCCUGGAGUUUGGCUGCAUCCUGGCUGGCACUGAAGAAGUGCGUUCUCUGGAGAUAACCAACUGCAGCCCACUGCCUGUCCAGUAUCACUGGUCAUUCCAUUCAGACGGCCAGGUGAACAGGCUGAGGUCCCUGUUCAUAGUUACAUUAUUUUCCAGGCAUGAGCAUUACCCACCUAAGUUCAAACCCCAACCACCAAAGGAGAAGAGAACCUGCUUGGAUUACUCGGCACCUCAAAGGAGACGCUUCAAGAUUAGAAAUGGGGAGGACUCAGGCACAGCCCUCAGAGAAUCGCACCUCCAGCUACAGCUGCAGUUUGCUCCAAGGUGCUCUUCUGCAUCCAUUUCCACACUGAACAUCUCAAUCGUUCCUGUCCUCCAGGUUUUCAGUGUCCUGCCGCAGUCAGGUGUGCUGCAGCCAGGAGAGAGACAGAAGGUUUCCUUCAAGUUCUUUGGCCACUUCAACACCAUCGCCAGUGUCACGGCGCUGUGCCACGUGGAGGGAGGCCCCACCUACGAGGUGGAGCUGACUGGGGCGGCCUCAUGCAUCAGCUACGCCCUGAGCCUCCAGGAGAUCAACUGCGGCUUUCAGAUAUUUAAUGAAAUUUGUCACAGCACAGUCACCCUGGCGAACACUGGCAACACUGAAUUCAACUGGGUGCUAAAUCCUAGCACUGCAGAGCAACAUCUGCCUGGCGUGUUUCUGGUCAUCCCCCCCACUGGUUCCGUUGCACCUGGUGAGAAGCAAGUGCUGAAAUUCUCUUACAUGCCAGGAGUACCAGGAGCCUUCAGCAGGACUUUCCAGCUUAAAGUGGGUGUCCUGGACCCGGAAAAUAUCUGCCUGAAAGGAGAAGCAUUCUUUCCUGUGAUCAGUGUGAACCUGCCCUGGAACAUCAAAGGAAAUGAAAAAUAUGAGAAGCUCAUAAAACCCCUGCAACAAUACAGUCAGAGGAAUAAAUCAGUUGUUCAGAAGACUCAGAGUCCGAAGACUAAGACCUUCAAGUUUCAGACUCCAAAGACUCAGACCCUGAAGACUCAGAACCUGAAGCCCCACGCACCUGGCUUUGGCACUGUACCAAACACUGAGCUGCAGAUAGAGACGGUGAUGAUGCUGAUAGAGGAGGCUGCUCUGGAGCUGCAGGAAAAGCUCCCAUCCCAUCCCCCAUACAGCAGGUUCCCUGACAAAAAGCUGCGCCAGAGUCUUGUCAAAGUUGAGCUGCCCAAAUAUGUGCUGGACAUGGGCACUGUACGUAAGGGUUACACUAAGAGACGCACCCUGGUGAUCACCAACCCUGGGCAGAUCCCAGUGUCCUUCCAGGUCGAUGUAUCUGCCCUGCAGGACACAGGUUUCAGAGUGAAUCUGGACCAGAUGCAGGGUCUGCCUCACAGACACACCAUAAUGUUUGAGGUGUGCUUUGAAAGCACCCACCGGCAACGGGGUGACGUGGAUGUGCUGCUGCCCAUAGAGGUGGCAAAAGGCCCCACGUAUAACAUCCACCUCCAUGCCACUGUGUUGGAAGGGUGGCUCAACCUCUCCAAGAACACACUGCAGUUCUCUGAUACCCUCGUUGGGCAGUGCCAGAUUGAGACAGUCCAGCUCUACAACUGGUUCCAUGUACCCUGCAAGUGGUUCAUUACUGCCAUCAAGCCUGUCAGGAAGGACAAUCAACGCAAACGCAUUACACCAGCCAUGUGUCAGAAGCAGCAGGUGCUGGAGGAUGAGCCCUGUCCCUUUGAAGUGACGCCCUCCAAAGGAACCCUCAAUCCAGGAAGGUGGCAGAACUUACAAAUCCAGUUUACACCCAAGCAGGAGAGGUCUUACAAGAAUGAGCUGAAGCUUAACGUUUGUGGAAGCAGCAAUCACUUAAAGCUGCACCUCUCAGGACAGGGUCUAGAGCCACGGUUGGAGUUUAGCCCCCCAGCACUCAAGAUGGGAUGGGUGCUGGUGGACAGCGAUGGGGUGGACGCCACAGUGGUGGUGAAGAACCCAUGCAGCUUCCCUGUUGAGUUUUACUCACUGGAUUUUGAUGAGCAGUACUUUGAGGAAGAGAAGAUCCUGUGGAUGGCAGCGGGGUCUGAGUACCAAAAGAACUUUCUAAUGCCUCCAUGCACCGUGGGUGGGAUGCUGCCCCCAGAGGCACUGGAGGACUGUGAAGCACAGAAGAGGCUGAAGGCUCAACAGGCAGAGCUCAAGGCCAUGGCAGAGGCUGAGGCUGAGGCCGAGGCCAUAGACAAGGCAGCACCAGCAUAUCAUGGGGCUGUCACACCCUCUCCUGAGCCCAUGGUGGAAGUGACUGGGAGCCCUAUCUCUCAGGCUGUCAUGCGCCACCUGGGCAUCGACCCAUCUUCAGAGAGUUGUGAAGCACAGCAGGACAGAGGGAUUGUUGUUAUUGUCCAUGGGCCACCCCGGGCAGGUUCUUCCAAGGCCUGUCCCUGUAAUUCCUCGUAUGCAAGUGUCACCAAGCAGUCCUCCUCUCUCUCAGGAAAGACAGAGAUAGUGGCGGCCCUGUGUCACUAUUAUGACACUGCUCACUUGUCCAUUGACACCAUGGUGAAAGAGGCCAUUGCCAAUGAUCAGAGCCAAGCAGGGCGCCGCGCCCAGGAGCUUUGCACCAAGGCUGCCAUGGAGCUGAGAGGCGAAAACCAAGAUGAUGCUGGUAAAAAGCCUCUGCUUACUGCUCAGACCAAGAAUAAACAAGCCUCUGGGGGAAAAAACAACAUGAAGAAGAAGAGUUCCAAAGGCAAGAACCCUCCAGCAAUAAAGAAGAGGAAGCCAGCCAGCAAACCCAACAAAAAGGACACCAAGCAGCUGAACAUCAUCAGCAGUCAUGGGGAAGAUCUGAACUGCUUGAGCUGUGUGCUGCCCGAGGACCUGUUGGUGGACAUCCUCUGUGAGAGGCUGAAGCAUGAAGACUGCUCCAAGGGAGUGGUCUUUGAUGGCUUGCAGAGCCUCUUCACAAGCAGCCUGGAAUCUUCUCUGCUCUGUGUAUUCAAAGCUGUCAACAAUCGUCAUCAUAUCUACAUGGUGAACCUGCAUCAGGAUUAUGCUUCCUGGAAAGCCAAGGAGGAAGCUGAAAGAGAGAAGGAAGAAUGGCAGAGGAAAAAACCUAUUCAGAGGAGCACAGAAUAUGUCUUGCAAAUGGAUGAGGAUGAGGAUGAUGCCCUUCCUGAGAAGAAAGCUCUAGUGGACAAAAUAAUACCAGAAAGGAAGUGUAUACAGAGAGAGAGGGAGCUGAAGCGGCUGGCUCAAAAGCUUGAGGAGGAGUUACCUGUGAUCCAGAAUGGAAACACAUCCCAGCCUUCAGCUGAAAACAAGCUUCACAAGACCAUAAAGCCUCAGGAGAAGGUGGAGAAGAAGCCUGAACAAAAAUGUGGAGGCCAAAGGAGUCUUCAGUCAUCUCAUCUGGAGACACGAAGCGAAGUUGCAGAAGGGACUGUCAGAGAUGAGCAUGUCGGGGUGUGGUGCUUGGACAUCCAGGUCACAGAUCCAAAGGCCAUGAUUAGGGAGAUCCUGAGGGAUGGGAGGCUGCCAACAAAAGAUAAGAUGCUGAGACAUCUGGGACUGCAUCCCGAAGGGCCUCCCCUGCCCCCUGCUGCUGUCUUCUCCGUAGUCAACUACCCAGAGGAGUGGUUGGGUUCUGCAGAGUGUGUGAAGCCCUUCACCAUUGUUGCACCGGAAGGUGCUGCUAUGGAAGACAAUCGGGCCAAGGCCCCAGAUGCCAAGGGCAGUUCUGCCGAGGGCCAACCAAAGACACAUAAAGCAGCCAGCAGAGACAACUCUCCAAAGGAGAACCAGAUCUCCACACACAGAACAGAAAGUCCCCAGGAUUCCUCUGCAACCAGAUCCAAAAGUGUGCUGAAAAGAGCCUCAACCCCCACAGAAUUCCACAGGCUGAAACGGUACCGAUGGAUAGUGCCUGGCCACGGUGAGGUGGAACUGAAGGUCCACUUCUCCACCAAAAGGCCAGGGAAGUUUGAGCACACGCUGAGGUUUGAGCUCGUGGAGACAAAGCGCCAGUACGAGCUGCCCUGCAGUGGCACGGGCGUGUACCCCAGCAUCAGCCAGAACCCGCGGCUGGUGUUUCCACAGUGGAGGGAGACCAUGGAGGCAGAUGAAAUCAUCUUCAAGGAAUAUGUUGAGAGCACAAAGCAAUUCCACUUUGGACCUCUGCUGUGUGGGAAAUCAAGAGAGUGGUACAAGGCCCGGAACUGUCCCGGCAACUCAGAGAAUAUAACCAUCCUCAACAACUCCCCUGUGGAUGCAGAGGUCCAGUUCUCCUUUGAGAAUGAUGGGAAAGCAGAGACAUUUCUUUUGGACCCUCCCAGCAUGACACUCAAACCAGAGGAGAAGCAGGAGCUGACCAUUUGGGCAUACCCCACUUCCCCUGGCUUCCUGGAAGACAAACUCAUCUGCUGCAUUGAGAAGAACCCAGACCCAGUGGUUUUCAGCCUGUGCUGCCAUGGGGUGCACGUGAUGCUGGAGGUCAGCCCCCUGGAGCUGUCUUUUGACAAGCUGCUUCUGCACAGGACUGACAGCAGGACCUUGGUCCUGAAAAACAACACCCUACUGCCCAUGGCCUGGCAGCUCACUGGGCUGGAUGACCUUGUUGAGGCCUUCUCCUUGUCACAAGAUAACGGCAUCAUUGAUCCCCGCUCAGAGUUUGAAGUGACCCUGAAUUUCAAGGCCGAGCAGAUUGGCAGCAUUGAGAAGACCCUGCGACUAGAGGUUUCAGAUACAGGAAACGUCCUGGGGAUUGUUCAGGCUGAAGACAUUGAGAUCUCUGCAGAAGUCUGUGAUGUUUCUCUGAGCAUCGACAUGCCUGAAGGUCCAGAUGGAAGCUUGGAAUUUGGAACCAUUAAUGUCCUGGAAAAUGUGAAGAAAGUCCUGAGUCUAAAGAACAAAGGGAUGUACAACAUUGAGUACUGUUUUGUGCUGAAGAAUGCAGGUCCCAGGAUGCAAGAUUUGGCAUCCCACUUCACUAUUGAGCCUCAGUCGGGCAUGCUGAUUGCCUCCCAGCCUGGUGUGAAUGUUGAGAUGGUCUUCCACCCCACAAGGGAAAUGCUCCUCAAGAACAAACCCAUCCUGUACUGCCAGGUGAUAGAUGCCAGCUCAGGGGAAGGAAGCCAGACUGUUGCCACCAUCCCAGUGAGGGUGUCGGCAAAAGCUGUGUACAGCAAGUACAGUAUUGAGCCUGCCUCACCCAUCAACUUUGGGGCCAUGCUCAAGGGCACCAAGAAGACCCAGACUGUUGUGCUGGAGAACAGAGGCAUGCUCAACUUCAAAUUCCACAUCCUCCAAGCACCCGAGGAUGCAUCUGCAUUGGCAAGCAAAAGCUCAAAGCAAGAGGAAUCCUCUCCAUCAGGAACAAAGCUGAAAUCAAGCUCCUUGACACAGGGUUACCUCAGUCUUGGCAUGUUCACGGUGUCCCCCUGCUCCGGCUCUGUCGCUCCAUGGGGCCAGCAGAAGAUCACAGUGGAAUGCCUCGCAGGGCAGGAGGGGACAUGUGAGGGGCAGCUCUACAUUGACAUCACAGGCAGAGACCCCAAGGACAAUCCCCUGGGCAUUCCCUUUACCCUGAUUGCCGAGUCCUGCCUCCCAGCACUUGUUGAGGAUGUCACGUUAACCUUCGAGGAGUACCCGAUCUGCAGCAGCACCAACCUCAGCUGCAAGCUGCGGUCAGUCAAAGGCACGGGUCUGUUUGUCAGAGAAGAGAACAAAUUCGUCUUCACCAAGGUUCUGGUUGGGCAAGAGGCUGAAGCUCAUUUCAGCAUCUACAAUACAAGUGGUCUGCCAUGGGACGUGGUCCUCUCCAUCAAACCCCUGCCUGGAAAGGAAAAAAGCCCUAUCAAUAACAUUUUCAAGUUGUAUCCUGACACGAUGUCCAUUCCUGGCUCAUCCAAUGCCAUUGCUACGGUGACCUUCACCCCACUGGAGGAGCAGAACUACAGCUGUAUUUUCAAGGCUUCCCUUGUCAUCCCAAAAAGCUCUGUGCAAAUUAAGCCCCAAACCCUGACCUUCACCAUCAGUGGGAAGGGGCAUGAGCCACAGGUGACAGUCGUGUGCCCAAGUGCUCGCAGCAAGAGGGGAAAUGCUGUGCUGCGCUUCAAGAGACUCCGGGUGGGGGAUUCAGAGAUGCUCCCCCUGGUCAUCCAUAACAAUGGCAUCGUACCUGUCAAGUUUAUGUUACACCUGGAGGAUGAGCACGGAGCGUUCUUUUUGAAAGGCAGGGGCUCCACACCUGAGAGAUUCUACACUGAAGAUGUGGAAGAGGACUGCGUUGGAAAUGAGAGCAAGCCCCCAGAGAAGCCUUUCUUCCUUCUGCAUCAUGGGCAAUCGACAAAUAUUGACGUCAUUUUCAAACCCACCUUGACUCAACAUCUGGAAGGGAAGAUUUGUGUGUUACUGGAAGACAUCUACUCUAAGAAGACCCUAAUAGAGCUGGUGGGUGAAGGCCACAAGGAUGAAUUCACCCUUGAUGGACUAGAGGAAGACACAGAUGAGAGGAGAGCUAAGCGCAGUCUGAAGAAAGACAUUAUUGAUGCUGUCAGAUUGAAUCACAUCCAGUUUGGGGACUGUCCUGUCGGGAGGCCCUACCGCAGGACCUUCACCAUCACCAACCAUACCAGUAUGAAGGUCAUGCGCUUUGAGUGGGAGGCAGACGCCGCAUUCCAGUUCUCCCCCAAGAUGGGACACCUCCACCCUGGAUGUGCCAAGGACAUCACAGUCACCUUGAAAUCAGAUGUCCCAGCCACCUUCAGGAGGCACCCUGUGAAAUGUAAGGUGAUCAAGACCAACUCUGAGCUACCACAAAGGAAGGUUGAGGACUGGGAGGACCGAAUGUGCAUUGUCACAAGGGAGGAUACCACCAGGAAAGACAUGGCAGCCAACCGGCCUGUGAAAAAGAAGAUGGUCCAGACAGCCCCAGAACCAGAACCGGCACCGGCUUACACUGUGGAUGAGAGCAUCCAGGAGGCCAAGGUGUACCUCAGUGCUGUUGUUGGCUACACCGAGUUCAAACAGAACCUGAUAGUGGUUCAGCUCAAGGACACCUUGCCCAACCAGACAAGGAAAGACAUUUUCAGGAUACACAACACAGGAAAUAUAACCCUGGAAUACAGCUGGAUGGAAGCUGCAGAUAGUAAAGCAGUGAAGAAGCCAUACUCAACCACUCGGACGGAUGACAAAAAAGACCUGCCACUGUUCUCCAUCCACCCCUGCCACGGCAUCAUCCCUCCUGGCCAAAAGCAGAUCUUUCACGUGCUGUUCUCCCCAAAGCAUGUGGGGAAGUUUAGGACCAGCAUACUCUUCAGGACUCAUAAGCUGAAGCCGGCUCUGAAGAAGGUAGAGGUGAUUGUGAAAGGCAGAGCCCAGGAGCAGGAGUGUCUUGAUAAACCAAAACGCUCUGCGUUACGGCAGACAGACAAAGGCCAAGGACCCAAGAAGCAGCAUCCAGCAGGAGCCAGCAACAUCGUGUCUUCUGCUGCUGAUGGUCUCCCACCCUUCACCAGAGACCUCUGCAGCUACCCUUGCAAGCUCCAGUGA